GAUUUUGGCUGCGAUCUGAUAUCUUCUGUCGCCAUGGCGCUCGUGGACAGCGAAGCCGCUUUCGCACAGAGGUGCAAGGAAGUGGACGCCGAGGGCUUGUUCGGGCAGCUGGCAGCGCAGGGAUUAACAACCUUCGCUAAACUCGCUUACGCCUGCGGCACGCCUCAGGAGAAGCCGACCUCGGCCGAGUUCGAGGCUUUCACAGGCCGUGUUCUUGGGGCUGCACCGCGCCUCGGGGACGUCAGUCUAUUGAAACGCUUAAUGUUCGAAGCUGCUACCUUUGUGAUCGCUCAGCUCAAACAAGCUGUGCAAUCGGAGUCAACUGAAGCUCCCCGGCGUCUCCCUGCCGCAGAAAAGAUGGCUCGUGAGGUGGAGCAGCGGAAUCGCCUUGCCGGCGUCAAUAUCGAGCGCGAACUCGCUGAUCGGGAGGCUUUUCUCAUCAUGGCUGCUGAGGUACGAGAUUUGAGGCCCCGUGUGGACGGGUCGUUUCCAAUGUCUGUAGCAUUGGACGCCUUGCGGACUGACCCUCGCAUUACCAUGUUCUUGAUGGCCAUGCCCUUCAAGCGGUCUGUGGCUGUGGAUGUUGAUCGGCCCCCGACUCCACCGGGUGCUGCCGCUGCCGCCAAGACAAGGUCUGCCAAGCGUCGUGAGCGGGAAAAGCGUCGUCGUGAUGCCGAGGCGGCUAAGAGGACAGGCGCUGAUCCACCUCGACGUGCUGACCCGCCUAACAAAGGUGCCCGUUUGACCCCUCCUGCCGAGCUGGCAUCGUGUCAUCAGAAGACCGUUGACGGCAAGCCUAUUUGCUGGUCGCACAACUUGAAG